UUAAACGGAGAAUCGAGAAGCACAAUACUCGCUGCACGCACAUCGCUCUCGGGCUGAAGGCUGGACAGGAGAGUGUGCACAGCUCCUCGCCGGAGCUCCAUAGGAAAAGGGCUUCAAUGGCUUCAUCUAGCAGCGGCCUCACGUUCAAGCUUCAUCCAUUGGUGAUCCUCAACAUCUCCGAUCACUACACCCGGGUCAAGUCUCAGCUCCACCCGCCGCCCUCAGUCCACGACGCCAGCAACGGCGUCGAUCCGUCCGCCGCGCCGCCGGCCGAUCCUCCGAGAGUGUACGGAUGCGUGAUCGGAGUCCAGAGGGGUCGUACCGUGGAGAUAUUCAACAGCUUCGAGCUUCUGUAUGAGCCCGCCACGCACUCGCUCGACCGCGCCUUCCUCGACAAGAAACAAGAGCUCUAUAAGAAGGUUUUCCCGAAUUUCUAUGUCCUUGGAUGGUAUUCAACUGGGAGCGAUGCAGAAGAAUCCGAUAUGCAUAUUCACAAAGCCUUGAUGGAUAUCAAUGAAAGCCCUGUCUACGUUCUUCUCAAUCCUUCAAUUAAUCAUGCCCAGAAGGAUCUCCCUGUUACUAUCUACGAAAGUGAGCUGCAUGUCAUAGAUGGGAUUCCACAGCUUAUAUUUGUCCAUGCGAGCUACACCAUUGAGACGGUAGAAGCAGAAAGGAUAUCAGUUGAUCACGUUGCUCAUCUGAAGCCAUCUGACGGAGGUACAGCAGCUACUCAGUUGGCCGCUCACCUCACAGGAAUUCACAGUGCCAUCAAGAUGUUGAAUAGCCGAGUUAGAGUGCUUCACCACUAUCUUCUUGCAAUGCAGAAAGGUGAGAUUCCUUGUGAGAAUUCUCUGCUGAGACAAGUAUCUAGUCUUCUCAGAAGAUUGCCAGCUAUUGAAUCAGGGAAAUUUCAGGACGACUUUUUGAUGGAGUACAAUGAUACGUUGCUGAUUACUUACCUGGCCAUGCUCACCAACUGCUCAAGCACAAUGAAUGAGCUAAUUGACAAAUUCAACACCGCUUAUGACAGACACAGUAGGAGGGGAGGAAGAACGCCCUUUGUUUGAAAGAUUCCUUGUUUCUAUUGGUCCACCUUCAAUUGAUUAUGGUUCUCCAUCUCUCCUGGCAUUGCACUUGAUUGGUGGCCUACUGUCAAAGUCUAGGCUUGUGCAUGACGCGAGCGAUCAUGACCAAUGCAUGUUGAGCAAGUUUCAGCCAAGGCCCAUACCACAUAGAAGAUGAGAUCAGGGAGAUGGAAUCAAAAUCUAAUAGAAACGUGUAUACAUUCGCCUUUUACUAAGGUUCUCUCACUAUUUAUUUUGGAUGUUCCUUCCUCCUGGGCAUUUCGUAGUUCCCGGGGCUAACAAUAGUGAACUAGGGAACCUUGCUGCAAGAUUUUCCAUACGUUACAGGCAUGUUUUGACCUUUCGUGUUGCCUUGAGAUAAUGGUCCCGGCAUAGCUUUUAGCAUCUUGUAGCGAGUCUAUGUUAACUUCUUGGAUUUGAGACUUUGUUGCCGAACUUGUAUACUUGGAGCCCGUUCAAGCUUCUUGCGUUCGCUUC